UAGCUCCCAUUCAUAAAAAAACUCAUCUUGGGUGUUCUUCUCUGGCUUCCUUGCUGCCGUAUCUGUCCUGAGCUAACCAAAAAGCCUUGAGAGCUGACCAUUUAGAUUUCCCUCUGUUCCCCUCUUCUGCUCUGUUUACUCUGUUUUCCAAAACCAAAUCAAUAGCUCAUUCUCUUCUCCAACUCCUCCUCUAAGAUGAUCAGCGCUGGUGAUCUCUACCACGUCCUCACAGCGGUAGUCCCGCUCUACGUCGCCAUGAUCCUGGCCUAUGGCUCGGUCAAGUGGUGGAGGAUAUUUAGCCCAGACCAGUGCUCCGGCAUCAACCGCUUCGUCGCUCUCUUCGCCGUCCCACUCCUCUCAUUCCACUUCAUCUCCACCAACGACCCCUACGCCAUGAACUACCGCUUCAUCGCCGCCGACAGCCUCCAGAAGCUCAUCGUUCUCACCGUCUUGGCCAUUUGGACUAAAACCAGCUCCCGAGGCUGCUUGGAGUGGACCGUAACUCUGUUCUCGCUUGCCACGCUUCCAAACACUCUGGUCAUGGGCAUACCCUUGUUGAAAGGAAUGUACGGCCCCGACUCGGGGAGCCUAAUGGUCCAGAUCGUUGUUCUCCAAUGCAUAAUUUGGUACACGUUGAUGCUCUUCUUGUUCGAGUACAGGGGAGCUAAGCUUCUGAUCGUCGAGCAGUUCCCCGACAUCGCUGGGUCCAUAGUUUCCUUCCACGUGGACUCCGACGUCAUCUCGCUCGACGGCAAGGAGCUGCUGCAGACAGAGGCCGAGGUCGGAGAGGAUGGCAAGCUCCAUGUCACGGUGAGGAAGUCCACGGGCUCGCGGUCGGAGAUAUGCUCCCAGCAAUCCCAGGGGCCGUAUUCCGGCGUGUCCAUCACAUCCCGACCGUCCAAUCUAUCGAACGCCGAGAUAUAUUCGCUUCAGUCAUCGGUGAAUCCGACGCCGAGGGGUUCUAGCUUCAAUCGCAAUGAUUUCUACUCGAUGGUGAAUGGGAGGAGUGCUAGUGGAGUGAGCCCAAGGCAUUCUAACUUUGGGAGUGUGGCUUUCGACGUGCAGAGCAUUCCGAUGGGGGUGCCGGCGACCGGGCUGUUCUCGCCGGCGAGGGCGAAGAAGAAGGUGAUUGGGGUGGAGGGGGGGAACGAUUUGCACAUGUUUGUCUGGAGCUCCAGCGCUUCGUCGGGGGGAGAGUUUGGAAGUGAGCAUGGUGGAGCUGCUCACCCAAAAGGUGAGGACUUGGUGCCAUUGAUCUUCCUUUCUCUGAUCUUAGAUGCCUAUGAUGUAUAUGGUCGUGAUGAAUUCAGCUUGCAGAACCGGCCCGGUACUCAGGAAAUCGACUCUCUGCAGAACGAUGGGCCUACCGAGCUCCUCCCAAAAUCUGGGGCUGCUGCGGAAAUCAAGCAGACUUCCAUGCCUCCUGCCGGUGUGAUGACCAGGCUUAUUUUGAUCAUGGUCUGGCGAAAGCUAAUUAGAAAUCCGAAUACCUACUCCAGCCUUAUUGGUCUCAUCUGGUCCCUAGUCUCUUUCAGGUGGGAUGUUGAAAUGCCUGCAAUUAUUGCUAGUUCAAUCUCCAUACUCUCUGAUGCAGGGCUUGGAAUGGCCAUGUUCAGUCUUGGUUUAUUUAUGGCACUGCAACCGAGGAUUAUUGCCUGUGGCAAUUCAGUUGCUGCAUUUGCAAUGGCUGUCCGAUUUGUUAUUGGCCCAGCUGUCAUGGCUGCAGCCUCAGUUUUUGUUGGACUUAGAGGGGUGCUCUUACAUAUCGCGAUUGUACAGGCAGCUCUUCCUCAAGGAAUUGUUCCAUUUGUGUUUGCCAAGGAGUACAACGUGCAUCCUGAUAUUCUAAGCACAGCGGUUAUCUUUGGAAUGCUGAUUGCGCUCCCCAUCACACUAGUUUACGACAUAUUGCUGGGACUCUAAAGCUUAAAGACUUGGUGUGCUUAUCGAGACAGCCAAGUUCAAAAGUAUUCUGUAAAUAUUUUUAACCAUCUGGCAGUUUAGUAUUCCCUAUUCUGACUGAGAUAGGUGAGGUUUUUUAUCUAAGUAUUUGGCAAAAAAGAAGUUUCAAUUUAGGGACUAGUGGCUUAGAUAGCUACAUGAUCAGGCUUUGAACCCAUGUCUCUCUCUUAUUUUGUUUGAAAACUUUUGCAGCUGGUGUUUCGAUCUCCUAUACGAAGAAGAAUGUAAAAAUGUCAUAUUAAUUA